UAAUUCCGGGAUUAAUCGUUGUUGACUUACUUACUUGUUAAGGUUUCUAAGGAAGUCGGUAAAGACCUCGGGGCGAUAAAGAUUCGUGGCUGCAUUAUAAUUUGCUCACCAAGGGUGAAAAAUAGCGAAAUUUUACGGACUAUGUCUCAAUGAAAUAAGAUAGAUGAAGAAGUGUGUAUCGCAAUUUCUACGAUGCUCAGAAAAUACCUGUUUGCGUUGCUAGUAAUUUUACAUAUAGACGGGUUGCAAGGGAAAAGCGCCACGCAGAAAUCGCUGCGACUCCAGCACCUCACAAAAUGUAUCUACGAUUACGAAGUGACAGUUUACACUGCCCGAGGGGACAAGUCUACCCACAGCGAUGGUUACCAAGUUUACGCUCUGGUCGACUUAACACCAGCAUCUCGUGACUUUAAUGGGAGGGAACACUCGCAUCUCAUUAAGCUUGACGUGCGGGAACCGCGCUUAAGGCGCCUACAUCAUGGGCGUGUUCUUGCCAAUCACCCUGUCAAUGAAGAGUUUGAAGAGCAGCUGUCAAAACCAUUUUACUUCCAGCAGGAAGAUCAUGGUACCAUUACUGACGUUCUUUUUCCAAAGAGGUCCGAGUCCCCCGAAAUUGCGGCCUUCAAGAAAGGUAUUGCAGGUGCAUUUCAGCUUAACCUUAAAGAUGCGCACAGAUCCAACAUCUAUGAAGUACAAGAACACGAUGAUUCUGGUUUCUUUCGAACAAAGUACAAUGUUAUGUCAGCAAACGAGACACACGCUCAUCUGCAUCGCACCUGGACGAACCAAGAUUACCAAACGUUUGCGGAUGGUACUCCGGCGAAGGCAGAACACAAGGUGCAGUCUCAACACAGUUCGUACAUCCAUGUGAAAGACGGAAAGGUAGAAAGAGUUCACCGUACUAAUAAGGCAUUUUUUAGACCCGCCAAUGGGCAUCCAAGGGCAGACAAUUUCGAAGGAUUUAAAGGCCAAGAGCAAGACAUUGAAAUGUCAACAAAGGGAUACAGUAAACUGACGUUAAGAUCUUGUCUAACACCUGAACACCAUCGUUCCAAGCGCUCGACAACUGAGGAACAGCAUGUGAAGAUAGCUCGUACUCUCAACAGAGACAAUCUUUUGUUUACUGAUACUGAGAGGAUAAACUGGUCCAAGAUCGGAGGAGAGAAGAAAAAGCCGAGGCCUUUCUAUGAAGUGCUGCGCUGCUUCACCGACAAAAGCAUGAAGGAGCGUCAAAUUGCUGAUUGCUCUAAUGAGAUGCAUCGUAUGGUUCGCGAAGAUGAAGACUCUUUUCGAAUGAUCAAUCGACUUGUGCGGGACCGAAGUCACCAGAACAUCACCUCUUGGGCUGUAUAUAUAGCAGCACUUGCCGGUCAUGGAAAUUACCAGGCCCAAAACACUUUAGCGCAAGCAGUCAAGACAGAUUACCCUCGACCUCUUAGCAAAGAAGAAUACGAGACACUUCUGAUCGGAAUUUUCUACUUACCAGAAGGUCCACUUCACUCACAACUCUUUGCUGCCUUGUUGAACCUAGCAUCACAAGAAGAAAAAGGAGAUGAAGUUACAUCUACAGCGAUGCUAGUUCUAGCCGGACUAGCUGAAAGAGCAAAGAGAUCGGGAUACAAUGAUACCUUAUGUGAAAGCGUAGUUGAGAUGAUUCACAACAGGUACAAAAACAGAUCAACACUGUAUCAUCCCGACAGCUCGGACCACGAAAUACAGCUAAGAGACCACAUCUGGGCCUUUGGAAAUCUUGGACAUUUUUCGGGACUUCCAGUAAUCCUAAAACACAUUGACCACGAUAACUCUGGUAUACGAUCGGCAGCGAUCUCAGCAUUGCGCAAGCUUCCUCCCGAGCACACGAAUCAACACUUGCUGCAUGCACUAUACACAGAUGAACAUUCCGAUGUUAAAGCUGCCGUUGUUAAUAUCUUUGUCGAGCGUCAUCAAAAUUUAAGCGAUUCAGUAGUAAAAGGCCUAGAGCAUGCAUUAUGGCACGCUCCAGAAAGCGAGACUCUGGACUCCAUGAUUAUUCAGCUUAUUGAAAAUCACGGUGAUCACCCUAAGGCCCUCUACUUAAGGAGAAGACGACGUGCGAUUCAUCGCCAAAAACGUGCUCUCUUUCCAUUCCUCCGUCCAAGAGAGUUUGCUCUUGGCCGAUCGAAGCGAUGGUUGAAGACCUAUGGUGGUAAGUGGUUGGGUGCCGAAACAAUCAUCCGGUUCAUUAAUCAGGUGAAGCUGAGAAUUGGCAUUUUUGGCGGGAACUUUGAGGUUAAUCUUGACAACUAUGCGCAUGUUCAUGCUUACAUUCUCAAGUUUGGAUUUGAAGUCGUCCGAGGUAAAGCUGCUUUUAAGGCUUCUGUCAGUUUUAAGAAUGAUUUCCCGAAAGACCUCAUCCAUGCCGUGGCUGACGCAGGAGACGAUCUCCUCAAGCAGUUUGAUAGUAUUACAAGUGUGAUUGCUGAACAGAUAAACCAAUUCAUCAGCAAACUUGCCGGCUAUUUACCGUUGUAUAUCGACAAAUUUAUAGAGUUCGUCAACAAGUUCGUUCAAUUUGUGCAGAAUCUAGUGCAACCUCUACGACCGAUUAAUCUUAUCGGAAAAAUCAUAACAUUUACCAAAGAUGUUCUAAGCCGCCUCAAGGACUGGAAGUGGCUCACAAAAAUGAUAAAGAAAAUACAGCUAAGUCUCGGAAGGCUGACUGUCGUAGAUGACGUUUUUCAAAACGUUAUUGCAGCUCUGGACAAUAUACUUGGCAUUGUAGGUAACAUAACCAACUAUUUGCCCCAUGAUCUUCCCAGAAAUUUCAAUAUCAAGACACUUCUGGACAUUCUUCGCUCGGUCUCUGUCGACCUCCAUUUUGACAAAAUCAAAGAAUAUUUCAAUUCCAUAGGUUUAUCUGUUCCUGAUGGUUUUCGUUUACAGCUUCCGUUCAAGUUUUCCAUCCGCCUCUCGUUUUCUCUGGAAACAUUUCAGCAAGUUUCCUUAAAUCUUCUACGGUUUGCCAAUCGUUUCCUGGAUAUGUCUUCCUCGCUUGAUUUUCUUCAAAGCAUUAGAUUCCCCAGGUUACAGUUACCAGACAUGAACCAACGAUUUCCUCCAUUUAGGGGUAGUGGUUUUAACUUUGGUCUGCGUUUUGAUUGGCGGAUCAGCUUAAAGUUCAACCUCAAUCUGAAAUCACCAGGCUUCCAAAAUUUUAUCGCAAUUUUAGAGAAACUUGGAGACUUUUUAGUGCAGUUCAAACUCCCGGGUUUUGAUCUCCAAAAGUUUUUUGAACAAAUAUUACCUGGCAAGAAGUUUGAUCUCGAAGAACUUUUCCAAGGGCUGUUGGGCGGAAACUCCAACUCGAAUUCUACAAAUCCGAGUGAAGUUCUACAAGAAUUUCUAGAGAGUAUUAUUAAAGUACUCGACGUUCAAUAUGGGAAUGUCUCAGCAAUAGGUGAUAUCACAGAUUUCUUUCAGGAGCUCGGGCCGGCAAUGGAGCAGUUCGCGGAGAAAAACGUACAGCGUAUCUGUGGAGUGUAUAAAGUGGCUUUGAACUCAACCAAGGAAUUUAAAGAGUUUGGAGAAAACGUUGAGCAGGAAGGAAUUCGGGUACUUCAGCUCGUACAGAAUACUACCCAAAAUGCACUUACAGAACUGCUAAACUUUACCAUCCUCGUAGAUUCUUUAAUAGACGAAAUUCAGCGUAACUUUACCGUGGCUGCUAAAGGAUUCGUCUCGGACUCGCUGCAAGAGCUCACCGGCAAACUGAAAGAUAUUCAAAAUCUUGCGGAUGAUAUAGUGGACUUUGCCAACGGGACAGCCUCAAAAGUCAAUGGUGCAUGCACCAAAGCUGCAAAUUUCUCCGCUGACGUAAUAGACAAAGUUCAAGAAAAUGCUCGUGAAGCACUUACAGAACUAGGAUCGUUCAUCGGACCUGUCGCGACGAAGAUAAAAACGGUUGGGACAGAGUUGAAAUCCGCUGUGUCUAACGUCGAGACGUGGUAUGAAGAGAACAUGGCAGCUCGUGUCGGGAAGAUUUCUCGCGUUGCCCAGAUUAUUUCAGAUUUUCUUUCAAUUCUUAAUACAAAGAAAGGGUUCCUGAAAUCCGUUCGUGAAAUAGCUGUUCGGAUCAACGAGGCCCUCGCGCGUCUCAAAAAUCUGCCAGAGUACGCAAAUAAAGCAAGGAAAACAGUAGAUGAUAUUCUUAACUUUGCGGACAGAGCCCAAGACUACGAAAAAGAGAUCCAGAAGCUUGAUAUCAGAAAGCAGUUUGGACUUGACUUUGAUCAGCGAAUAAAAGAUGUCUGCAACGAGUUUAAGACUAUCGCUACAGAGACGCUCGACAAGUUUGGAAACUACGACAUUGUCAAAGAAGUUAAUACGUUUUUCAACGAAGAGGCCGAUAAGCUCAUCAGCAAAGCCGUGUCAAAGUUUCGUAGAAUUAAAGAACCAAUCAACGAGAUGCAAGACGAACUGAGAAAUACCAAGGCCAUGGUGCGUGAAGUUAUGGUCGUCCUGAUAGAGCUUAAGCCUUUCACUAACAAUUUUUCGCCUAUUCUUGAGACGGCGGGACAAUUACCCGACUGCAAGCAGAUCAAGAAAAUAUUCGUAGAGAGCACUAAACCAUGCGUCCGCAAAGCUUUUGGGGUUGGGAGAUAUGUCAUUGAUCAGUACAAGGACUUCAAGAAAGAAGUGAAAGUUCUCUAUGACAUGGUUCCGGCUACAUGGAAGAACUUCAAAAUACAGAAGUGUAUCAAGGGUGGAACUUGCAUCUCUAAAGCUUUUAUCGAUCAAGCUAAAACCAUAAAAGAUAAGGUCGACGUGCUGAAAGAUAAAUUUAAAGAAGCGAGUGGUUACAAUGACAUGCUUGAAACUUGCGAACAAGGCGUUGAUAACAUCACAGCUGUGAUCGACAGAGUAAAACUCCUAGUGGAACAAGUCAGGAAUUUCUCCCUCAAAGACGAUGUUCAAAGAGUGAAGAAGGUUUUCCAAAAGAUCACUGGCCGACAGGUCGAAAACAACGAGGGGAGUGGAAUUCAAAAGCGCUCUAUAAAAGACGUAAAGGAACGAAUCGAAAGAAUUGUGGACUAUAUACAGAAGGCGAAGGAAAUACAGAAGAAAAUGCAAGAUUUGCUCGAGAACACAUUCAAAUCAAUGAGAAAUGUCUACGAUGACGCUGUUCUAGAACAUAUUAAAGCGGUUAGAGAUGUGCGUUCUAAACUUAAACUGUCAUACGAACUGUGGAAGAAGACAAAGAAUAUAAACCACGUCCUACAAGCACUAGAUACUGUUACCCAAGGUGCCUCAAGAUAUGCUGAUAACUUAAAAGGUGUGACCAAUUCAUUCUCGAGCCCAAUCAUCGACCUCUUAUCUGAAACGGGAGAACUCAGUGAUGUCGUGAAGCCCUAUCUUGACAAAUAUGCGAACAAAUUCACUGAUACUGUUACAAAAGUCAACAACUUUUUGGACGAAGUUACCGACUUUCUUAGCAAGUUACAGCUGCGACAGAGAGGAUUGGACCCCAGGGCCUACAAACCGUGGGAACAAAUACCAUAUUGCUCAGGGGAAGUCUGUGUACGAUCAAUCAAACGAUCUUCAUCACUUUAUCUAAAGACCAUUUUCACUUGGAAGUUCCCGCAUCUAGACGACCUUUCCUCCAUGGAUAAGAGUGGGCGAUGGCUGACCCCUGGUUUAUUUGAUGACUAUAAAGUAGAGGGUAUUUCAAGGCUUUCCAAGAGCGAGGUUAUUUUGGGUAUGCACGGAGUCUCAAGUAACAAAGGGAAAGCAUCGCUUUUGGUGGUUACCAAUUUUGGUAAUGGAGUUAAAAAGAUAAUUCAACUUGGUAGUCAAGGAAGCCCUCUAGUUGUGAAAAUAGGAGGAGUAGCUGUUGCUCGAGAUUGGAUCUGGAUCAGUGACAGCGCAUCAAACAAAAUUUAUUCCGUAAAGAAAUCUGGUGUGACAAGUUCCUUCUCGUCGCCAAAGCCAUCUUGGAUUGGUGUGUCGAAAUCUGCAUCAGUUGAAGGUAGUGCAACUUCUCUUUCAUACGAUGAGCCAACAAAUGUCCUUUGGGUAACAGACGGCAAAGGUGGAAAGGCCUACGGCUAUAAGCUAUCUGCGAGUGGGGAUCUGUCUUCAUCUGGCUUAACACCUGACAGAGUAAUCAUCAUCGGAGCAAACGCGCAAGGCAUGGGUAUCGUCAGACAGUUCAGUACCGAGUAUGUUUGCAUCUCGAAAUGUGCCAUGAUUUCUGGUUUCCAAUGUAAGCUCGAGUUCCAUGACAUCAGUGGUGGUGAUGAGACCGGAGAAAACACGCUCUCUAGGGUCGUUAGAACCCCCUCGGGCUUAGAAUCGGUCUCCAGGGUUGACAAUGAAGUUAUUGCAGUGGCGUUCUCAAGUGGUACUUAUGCUGAGAAAGAUAAUGUAGAGCUUAUAGGUGGCGACUUUGAAGAAAGAUAUUUCUAUAUAAGACUGCCGAUUUUGAAAAUGACUUUUGGAAUCCAAGAGAACUGCCUCUUUUUUACAGUUAUGAAUGACUACAUUCUGCGACCCCGGAGGUUGUUUCCAUUCGGAGAUAUGAUUUGCGGAACCACAAGAAAGCGAAGCACCUCGCAAGAGCUCUUAGAGUCUGAUGUUUAUUCUGAACAACUGGAAGAAGUUCAUAAGAGUAACAGGAGAAUGCGAAGGCAAGUCUCAGAUCUCGGAUCGUGUAUGACCUUGUUCCGUGGAAAUGUUCUUAGGGGAUAUCAUAAAUUCUUCCCUGAAUAUUCGCAAACCAUCAUUGUGUUUGGCAUACCUGUAAGACUAUUUGCUGGGGCUGGUGGUUACUAUAGUGUGGACUAUCAAGGGCAAGUUUGUAUGAGAGACAAAGUUUUCAGACUUAGUCUCAUCCCUGGAGCCUGGAUCUCUGUAUACGCUGGAGCUUCUUUGUCACUUUUUAUUGUAGAAGCUGGAAUUACGAUUGAGGCAAGACUUCUAGAAUCCUACUUCGUACCAGAACUGAGAAUCAAGAUCGAUAAGUGGCCGCUUAAAGCCUGCAUUGAGCUUAGGCUACGAAUGACUCCUCUUCGCAUAAGAGUUUGGUUGUGGUACAGAUUCCGUCUCUGCAUUCGGAUCAAGUGUAAGUUGUUUGGCUGUAGCAUUAAGAUUAAAUGGUGUUCGAAGAAGACCCUUGCGGAGUGGUGGUGGUCAGCGAGAACGAUCGACCGGACGCUCUUUACAAAUUGCCACGAAGAUGUAGACACAACGCCUCCUAUCGCUGGGGAAUGUACUGCAAGGCAAGCUGCUGACAAAAAAUAUUUCGUCCAGUGGCAUGGAUUCUACGAAGAUACUAAAAUAAACAACUACCACGUGAGGAUAGGAUCCAUUCAGGGUUCUGGCGAUGACUACUCUGCAUGGGUGGGAACAUCUUUAAGCGUAGUUAUCAACGAUCUCCCAAUAAUGCAUGGACGAGACGUGUUUGUCAGCGUAUUGGCGACAAAUGACAUGGGUCGUGACAGUAAGUUAGUUAACUGCCCACAAUUUACGGCUAGACGUAAGGGUCCUCAGAUUCGUUAUGUCUACGAUGGUGUCGAUGAACAUCAAGAUGCAGAUUAUCAGUCAGAUACAUACGCUUUAGGUAUGAAUUUUGCCCUCAAGAGCAAUAUUGAAGAUAUUGCAUUCAUAAAAUGGGGGGUAUCGUCUGUUACCAGCUGCACUUUUGACGAAGCUGAAGCAGAUAUCGUUCCUCUGACGACUCUUGGUGAUUCAACUACCAUCCAGACAUCUAGCCUAGAUUUGCAUCACGGCAAAAAAUAUUUCACACGCCUUUAUGCGAUGGAUUUGUUUGGACUAAAAGCAGUUAUGUGCAGCGAUGGUAUUUUGAUUGACACGACACCGCCUUUUGCCGGGUAUUUCCAGGAUGGUGCUGGUGAAGCUGAUGCAAUGUUUCUGCCAUCGCUAAGGCGUGUUCGGGGAAAAUUUGAUCUUUUCAAAGAUCCCGAGAGCCCUAUGGUGAGAUACGAGUGGAAGAUUUCAAGAAACAAAACCGAUGAAGAUGUUACAUCAUUUGUAGAUAUUGCACUCACACAACAGACUCCUCUUAUGAAUGGCCUUUCUCUUGAAGCUGGUUUCCCUUACAAGCUAGUACUCCGUGGAACAAAUGCGGCUGGACUUCAAACAGUUAUUGAAACAAAUGGAUUUGUGCCAGAUAAUACGCCGCCGUAUUGCGAAACGAAUGCUAUUGACGUAACGAACAAUGAAGAUUUGUUUGAUGUUGACUUUGUAAGAAAACUGAGCAGUAUUCAAGCAAAAUGGAAAUGUGGGGACCAGGAAAGUGGCAUCAGCGCACAACUGGUAGGAAUUGGCACUUAUCCAGGAGGACAUGACGUGAGAGCAUUUGAAGAUGUCACCUCUGUUACCCACAAAGUCUUCAAAGAUGGGAUGCUUUUUGCGAGUUUUUCUGAUGUCAACAUUCUUCCGCGAGUAAGAUAUCACGUCUCCAUAAAGAUUAUAAAUGGAGCUAACCUUAAGAAAACCAUUUCUUCCAAUGGCAUUAUCAUUGACAAUACACCGCCCACGGUCGCUUCACAAUACAUUAAAGAUGGCGUAGAGGGGAGGGAUAAGAACUACACCAGCGAAAGAUAUAUCUUUAGCUCACACUGGGAACAAGCGUUCGCAGAUUCAGAAAGUGGCCUAGUCGAAUAUCGCGUUGGUUUAGGGACUAACCCUGGACUGGAUGACAUUAAGAAUUUUAAAACGGUUGGCUUGCAAACCAGAAUGACCAUUUCAGGUCUUUUUCUGAGCAGUGGUCAGCGUUAUUUUGUUACAGUUGUUGGCUGCAAGGGUGUUGGUAUGUGUACUAAUGGCAGUAGCAAUGGAGCCAUUGUCGACUUUAUUCCUCCACACACUGGAAAAGUCAUCACCGGAUUAACGGGUCCUCCUCAGUUGUUUCAGUGGAUAAGUAAAUCAGUAUGGGCACGAUGGAAUUGGUGUUUAGAGGAUGAACAGAGAGUAUCUGGACCAGUCGACCCUGAUCAGUGCAGUAACGACAGCUUCUACGAUGUACAUAGUGGUGUUUCAGGUUUUGGUAUUGCAGUAGCCUCUUUGAAGACUGAUGCCCUAUUGGCCGCACCUAUGACGGCUGGACGAGUGAGGUCCACUGGGCGUAACAUUGACCUUGAAGAUGGAGUGUACUCAGUGGUUAUUGAAGCAAAAGAUAAAGCAGGUGUUGCUGCACGCGGCUUGUCAAACACAUUCAUCGUUGAUACUAGUCCCCCUCUAAUAACUUACGUCCAGCAUGGACAUUUCAGCGAAACACUGACAUUUAUAAACACACCGCGUAUUACUUUCAGAGCGUAUUUCGAAAUUGAGGACGAUUUAUCCAGAGUCGCAACGUACAAGGUGGGAGUUGGAAGCUAUCCUGGGGCUGAUGACGUCAUGAAAUUUCAGUCGACUCCAUUAACCACACCGAUGUCUUCAAUGAGAGCCAACUGGACAGCGCAAAACUUGUUAUCCGUGGAAAACAACCGACGUUAUUAUAUUACCAUCUGGGCCAUCAACAACGCUGGGCUGUUUAGCAUCAGAUCAUCGCCCCCUCUGCUUUCUGACCAAGAGUCCCCAAAGAGAGGAAUCAUCCUAGACGGAUGGGGUUCAGUAGAUGCCCAGUAUCAAAGCUACUCCACUCUAUUCCGUGCCCACUGGUAUGGCUUUACUGAUUUCUCUGGUGUUGAAACGGUACUAUUAGGUUUAUCGAGCAGGUCAGACUCAAUCAGCUGCGAUGUGAAAAAAGAAGAGAUCGUUCCAUCCAAUUCAAAUAAUCAUGUGUUAUUUGGGCUAAAUAUGACUACCGGUCUAAAAUACCAUGCAUGCCUCAAGAUGAAAGACAGGGCAGGUAAUCAAGCGCUUUUUCAUUCUAAUGGCGUUAUUGUGGAUAACACGCCACCCCUGCCAGGCAUUGUGACCGAUGGAAGACCUGGGAUGGACAUUGACAUACAAAUCGAGAGUUCAGUUCUUCGAGCUUCAUGGUUCAACUUUUCUGAACAAGAAACAAAAAUAUUAACAUAUCAGCUGGCAUUCGGCAUGUCUCCUGGAGCCCAAGAUGUGCAACAAUUUACAGAUGUAGGACUCGUAAACACAGCUGCGAGCUCAAGAUUACAAAUUUCAGAGUUGACAAGUGGCAGUCGUUAUUAUGCGACCGUGAUUGCAUUCAAUCUGCUUGGUAUGCCUAGUACGAUGGUUUCCUCCAAAGGUGUUUUGGUAGAUUUCACUCCUCCCGUUUUCUUAAAGCCUGUUCUCGACGGUGACGAUCCAAAUCUAGACCUAAGUUCCACCUCCGGAGGCUCCUUGGCUGCCACAUGGACCUGCGAUGAUCCAGAAACAUCUUUGGCGUCUUUAGAAAUUGCCUUUGGCUUACAGCCUGGAGAGGCCGAUGUUAUGAACUUCACAAGCUUGCCGAUUCAGAAAACAUCGUUUACAGUUGCGCGCAAUCUUCAACUGGGAUAUCGUUACUUUACAACAGUAAUAUGCACAAACAAAGUGGGUCUUAAAGCCAUUGCUGUUUCAAACGGCGUUGUCUUUGAUGAUACUCCUCCAGAUUUAAUUUAUGUCCAAGAUGGAAAAUACCAAAACUCAAUAAGAAACUUGUCGGUAAAACUCAAAUUUUCGGACCCGGAGAGUGGUGUAAAAGAAUAUAGAGUGAAAGUAUUCAGCUCAGUUGACGACGCCUACGGGUCCUUCAGUUUCAACGGUAAUGUUUCCACGGCAGCUUUGAUGUUAGCCAAAGAUCUUGAUAGUGGAAGAAGAUAUUUUGUUAAUGUGACAGCAAUGAACGGUGUUGGGUUGGAAACUACUGUGAAAUCAGAUGGAUUUACCGUGGAUACUUCACCUCCAGUAUGCCUGCAUGUUUGGGAUGGUCAGGGAGAUGUUCAUGAGGAUUUGAAAUACGCUCCAAGUUCAAGCAAGCUGAGCAUUUCAUGGGUGUGCUAUGAUAAUGAAACUCCAAUACUUGGAUAUCGUUUCUCAAUUAAAAACUUACGCACGAGCGAAUACGUUAUUCCUUUUUAUGCUUUAAAGACACCUGUAAACUCUACAGGGUCUGCAUUUAUAACAGGAGAAGGUCGAAUUUUAACAAAGUUUGAAGAAGGGGAAACUUACGUCGUUGGCAUUGAAGUUCUUAACGCUGUCAGCCUGUCCUCAGUAAAUUGGACGGAUGGUGUUAUCAUUGAUAGCUCCCCACCUGAAGUGAAAGACUUGAAAAUAACAUUUGACCCGAAUAAUGCUUCUUUGAGCGUUUCAUGGACUGCGAAAGAUGACCAAAGUGGACUCGAGUCUGUCGCAUGGGGAUUGGGUACUAAUCCAGAAAAUAAUGACAUCAAAAACUUCACAAAGGUGUCAAUUGCUUUAUCAAGCGUUUCGAUCUCAGACAUUCCUUUGUUACUCGGCCGAACGUACUUCUUAAGGCUCCUUGCUGUAAAUAAAGCCGGUUUAUAUAGUACGACAGCAUCAAAUGGCGUUGUGAUCGACCGCACUGCACCGAACCCUGGCGUUGUGGUUGCUCAGUAUGUUUUCCCAAGCAACUAUGAUCGGAACGAGAAUGAAGUACCAGGAUCAUUCAUGGUGGUUACUUGGACAGGAUUUACAGAUCCUGAAAGUGGUAUUAGAAAGACUAGCUGGGCCGUUGGUGAAGAUCCUCUAUCACUUAAAGCAAGUAGCGGUGAUUUCUAUACCGAGGUUAUCGCAGACGACUCAGUGGGUGGAGUGGUAAUCGAUAAUCAAACUCUCGUCGGGAAUAAAACUUACUUCGUUUGCAUUCGGGUCAGAAAUGGUGCUGGGCUUCAAAGGACUGAUUGCUCUUCUGGAUUGUUUGUCAUACUUGGAAAGUUCUCCGCUGGGGUAGUGAGCGAUGGCCCAGUUAUAUCAGCGAAGGACAUUGACUUCCAACUAGACGACAAAGCAAUUUGGGCGCACUGGAGUGGCUACAAGGAUCCAGUAUUUGGCAUCUUCAGGUACGAUUGGUGCAUUAGGGAUCAACCACCUAGCCCUUCUGGAUUUGAUAUUUGUAAGUGGCCAUUCUUGGAGUCAUAUCAUCUGGAAACGUCCACGAACCGCUUCCACAACCUAACACUCGAACACGGCAAGAAAUACUACGUCACAGUGAGAGCUGAGAACAGCAGAGGAGAACAUGUCAGUGCUUCAUCGGAUGGUGUUGUUGUCGAUCGAACGCCCCCAAUGGGAAAAUCGCUCCAGAUCUCUCCUACAACUGGAAAAGGAACCCUGUACCUGAGCACAACUUCUGCCCCUGUGGUCACGUGGUCCAUUGACGAUCCUGAGAGUGGUAUAAGCCAUUUUCUUGUCGGUGUGGGUAGUUUCCAAUUCCAGGACAAUUUGCUAGAUUUUCAACGCGUAGACAGCCUUAGUCGUUCCAUCGACUUAGAUCAACUUAAUUUUACCCUCCACCAAGGGCUAGUCUUUCACGUAACAGUUACUGGAGUCAACAUGCUCGGCCUAAAAACCACUCUGACAUCACAGCAAGUUGUAGUGGACUGGACGCCACCAAAAUCUGGUCUUGUAAUUGAUGGCAACCUAACCUCAACGGGUAGCCAAGAAUUCCUCGAUAUUGAUUACCAGAACGAAAAUGGGGUACUUUCUGCCCACUGGAAGGGAUUUCGAGAUACUGAGAGCGGUGUUGUUGAGUACAGCUGGUGUGUUGGAACGGCGCAAGGCGCCUGCAACGUACAUAACAUGACAUCUGCAAAUCUCCAAACAAGUGUGCACUAUUCCAUUGUCCUAAAAGAAGGCCAACGACACUUCUUUACAGUAGAAGCUCUAAAUGGUGCUGGAUUAAAAGAAACAGCUUACUCUGAUGGCGUAAUGCUGGACAUCACUCCACCAAGCGUUGGGGAAGUUCUAGUGGCCGAUGAGACUCAAAAGAGUGCAGAUUCGCAGCCUUCCUUAUCUUCGGGUUCCCGUCGGAUAGCGCGAUCUGUAUGGGACACACCAGCUGAUGCAGAUCAAACCGACGCUUUUGGUGUUUCGUCCCUACGUGUUUUCUCGUCUGUCCAGUGGUGCAAUAUUUCUAGUAUUUCUUCAUGCGAUAUCAAGCAAGGAAAUGAUCGUUUGUUAUCAUUUUCCUGGGAAGCUCCUUCCGAUGCAGAAAGUGGAAUUUCUUCUGUAGAGUGGUGCGCUGGCUCGAGAUCAGAAACGUGUGAUAUUGUCCCAUGGACAGAUGUAGAAACAAGUACAACAAGGAUCAAGCAUUCUCUUUCGCACCCGCUUGCAUCAGGAGCUGUGGUGUUCAUUAGAAUUAAGGUAGCAAACGGUGCAGGCAUGAUAUCAACUGCCAUCUCUAAACCGCUGCUUAUUGAUAGUACUAAGCCAACAAAGGGUGCCGUUAUAGUAGGAAAUACACUGGGAACUGAGUACCUGCGUAAAGAUGAGCCUGUUACGGCAGAUUGGAGUGGUUUCUCUGAUAAAGAGAGUGGAUUGAGUCACUUUGAGUGGGCUGUCUGUCACUCUGGCUCUGAAAAAGAGUGCAUCACCCCGUUUGUCGAUGUCGGACUCAAAAGGAACUUAAGGAAUUCCGCUCUUGACAUCAAACCUGGAGUUUCAUAUGUUGUCGUGGUCCGAGCCCAUAACAAGGUGGGGUUGUUCAGUGAAGCUGUAUCUAAUCAGUUUAUACUCGACGUUACCUUACCGACUCCCGGUACUGUUUACGAUGGCUCGAACGAGAGAAAUGACGCAGCCCUGCAGAUAUCGGAAAGUGAAAUCUCCGCCAAUUGGUCACCGUUUACCGAUUCUAACGGUAGAAUCACCGAGUACGAGAUGUGUGUGGGAACAGCGCAAGAAAAAUGCGACGUAAAUGACUUUGUUAGUUUUGGGAUGGCUCUUAAAGGUACAAUUACUGGUUUAAGUUUGAAUCACAGGGGUCUAUAUUUUGUGAACGUGAGAGCAACGAACGAAGUCGGCUAUAGCAGCUUGGCAGCUUCUAAUGGAAUUCAAGUCGACAGUACUCCUCCUGUUGCGGGCAGAGUCAGAGAUGGGCAAACACUUGAGGACAUUGAUUUCCAAGCGGGUGGUACAUUUAUUUAUGCCAACUGGGACGAGUUUCAGGAUGAAGAGUCUGGGGUAACCAGGUACGCAUGGUGUGCUGGAACGAUAAAAGGAACUUGUGACAUCAUUCCUGAAAUGGAUGUGAGUGAACACACUGCCUACGGUCAGCAGAUUCGUCCAUCCUUAGCGACGGGAAUGGCUGUUUUUGUGACGGUUAGCGCUUACAACGGUGCAGGAGCGGUUACCAGGGUGUCGUCUGACGGUGUUAUAGUGGAUAGUACCCCUCCUGAUAUCUCUAAGGUAAUCGACCUCCAGCUACGAUCGCCUUUUGGUGAUAAAGACUACAUAACUGCCAAAGACGCAUACUGUGUUAGCUGGGAAACAAAGGACACUGAAAGUAGUGUAUUAAAGAGCGAAGUGUCCAUUUGUUCCGUCAUCGACGAGAACAGCUGUUUGUUACAGCAGAUGGACGUUGGAAACCGCACUAUAAUUUGCAUUGCUGACUUAGAGCUUCAAGAGGGUGUGAAGUAUGUAACAACGAUUCGCUCUACGAACAUUGUUGGUGGAGCCAGCGAGUUGUCAUCGAAUGGCUUUGUGGUUGACUCAACCUCCCCAAUAGUGGGUGAGGUCAUGCAUGUUGAGAAUCUGCCUGUAGGAGAAACUUCUGAGGUGUUCACCGACUCAGAGAUAUCAGUAGAGUGGAGUGGAUUCUUUGACAAGGAGAGUGGAGUCCAGAAAUAUUAUCUAUGUGUUGGCACCCAGCCUGGUGAAUGUAAUAUUAUGAACUUUACUGACCUAGGUAACGCUACUAGUUACACUCUGCGAAACCUGAAGCUUAUUCAAGGCGAGAGAUAUUUUGUUUCUAUCAAGGCGGAGAACAGAGCUAACCUUGUCAGCGACGUUAAGUCCUCGAAUGGCGUCACUGUUGACAAGACAGGUCCCCUUUCUGAAGGACAAAUUAUAGAUGGAACAAAGGAAGGUGAAGACAUUGACAUGCAACAAAGCAGAACCCAAAUAGCAGCUCGCUGGAAAGCAUUUGAAGACCUUGAAAGUGAAGUCGUUCGUCUCACGUGGUGCGCUGGAUUGUCACCAGGCUCUUGCGAUCUAGUCAAUGAAACUGAACUUACCAUAUCCAGUACGUCUGUCAGCAAGGUUCUCGUUGAACCCGUCACGAACGGUAGGCGGUAUUUUGUCACAGUGAAGGCAAUGAACGGCGCAGGUGUCCAAGCUUUACUUACGUCGGAUGGAGUGACAGUGGAUGAAACGCCACCCACAUCUGGGCAUGUCAUUGAUGGGAGUGACACAGAUGUCAAUUAUGUGAAUGGGGAACAAGAUAUCCGUGCCUCUUGGUUUAACUUUGAAGACUUGGAAUCUGGUAUUAAAUCCUAUAAACUCGCUUUAUGUGACGCCAGGAACCUCUCCUCCUGCCCACAACCUUUUACUGGAGUGGGGCAAGCUACAAAUGUCUCAAUAACAGGCUUAGACCUCGAGAGUGGCGCUCAGUACGUUUUCGUCGUUAGAGCCAUCAACUUCGCUGGUCUUCAUGUUGAAGCUUCCUCCGAUGGUUUCACAGUAGAUUUUACCCCUCCUUUGCCAAGUGAAGCAAGAUUAGGAACUGGAAUUGAACCCGCCAAAUACCAGUCAGAUAUGACGAAGCUGGUUGUCAGGUGGGAUCAGUUUAUUGACUCUGAGAGCAGAAUUUCGGAAUACCAAGUCUGCGUCACUUCUGUGCCCGGAAACUGUACAGUCACUAACUACGUUGACGUUGGAAGGAAUACAAGCUUCACUUUCCAUGGCUUACAACUUCUCCAUGGCGAAGCCUAUUAUGCUGUUAUCAAAGGAACAAACCACAUUGGAUUAUCCUCAGACAGAACAACGAAUCGAAUAUUGAUCGAUUCAACGCCUCCUGUCUUAAAAGAUGUCGACAGCGGCUGGAUCAACACAACUCAUAAAACUCCUGGUGGAAACAAUACCGUUGACCCGAGGGUUCAAUCUCCAUCCAACGACACCACCCAAGGAAGCAUUCAUAUGCGAUUCAGCUGCUUUGAAGAACUAUUGAAAGCUGACUGGGAUGAAUUUGAGGAUCCAGAGAGCCAGCUAGCGCGUUAUGAAUGGUGUGCUGGGACAUCUCCAGGCUACUGUGAUAUGGUAACUUUGAGGUCAGUGAAUGUGAAGAUAAAAGGAGCUGCUCUUGUGAAGAGACUCCUUUCAGGUACGAUCCUGUUUGCUACAGUAUACGCCAUCAACGGAGCAGGAUUGAGAACUCGUUUGGUGUCUGAACACUGCAAGGUCAUAUCCAUUGCACCUAAGGUUGUGGAAGUUAUUGACAUUCCUAGUUUGAACACAAGCAAUCUUACUGACAUUGACUGGAAAUCUAUGGCGCAAAGUUUGUCACUCAGAUGGGAGAUAAUUGGAAGAUAUGUCAAAGAUAUUUCGCGUUUGCGUAUUCAGGUGGCCAUCACACAGCCUUCCCCGAACGUGUCUUUACCGCAUAUUAACUCAGAUAGGUCCUGGCGUAGCGAACCACUCGUACACGAUUUCAUGGACGUCUUGACAUGGCAACGAAAUGUGACUAUCCGAGGCGUUGCAUUGUAAGGAUGGGAACGUUAUCGAGGGGUUGUGAAGGUUUGGAACGAAGGAGGUAUAUACAGUGAGUCUGCGAGUGAUGGACUGAGAAUCGAACCCACCGCUCCUCCAAAGCGUGGAUUAUUCAUCUUGGAUAAAGGCGCCGAGCAAGAGCCCCUCCGCUGGCUUCCAAAUCUGAGAUUGCCCCCGGUUAAUGACAGUGCAUUAGAUUCGGAGGUAAAAUAUAUUUCCUCCCUUAGGGAAGUGGAACUGAUUGUGAGAAGUGGCUUAAAUGACUCUAGCAACAGAACAGCUUUUAUUUUGGAUCACAAGCUUUUCAGUCCGACCAAAGAAUUUAAAAUCGUUGUCCAAAGAGUUACGUCUGCGGCGAAUGAAACCAACACUAUUGAAGAUUCAAGCAUAAUGAAAGUAUUCCCAGGUUUUGUCGAUCCCGAGGGUCCUUGUUGUACCAGACACCUUGUUGAUCCACAAUCUGUCUUCAGUGACACGCAUUUUAAAACAACCAUACCGUCCCAGCAUUUUGGAGUUUCUAUCGCUAGGCUACCAAACGAUCAGUUUGCUGUUGGUUCUGCAGAUAAAGCGUUUGUUUUGCCUCUUCGAAACAGGGCUGCAAGCCACAUAACAUUACCAAAUGACAUUGCUGGUUCCCCGACAACACCCAUCAUGGUGGUAUCAUACAGUAAUAGGUCCGCAUUCUUGGCCAAUGGCAAAGCUUAUAUUUACCGUAGUGAAGUCAGUGACGAUGGCAAGCUUGAAUUGACCAGGAUCGCUAUUCUUGGAAACUGCAAGACUGUUUCAACAGCUGUUUGUGCUGCCAAAAGCAAAUGGGCCGAUAGUGUGAAACACGUGAUAGCCAUUAAUCGGAAUACGAUCGCUAUGACGGGAGUCAACUCAUCUACGAACGCCAGUGUUGUAGCCGUAUUCCAAGAACGGGGUGGAUUGUGGAGGUUUGCGCAAACACUGAGAAGGGGAAAAAGUGAUUCUGACUUUGGAUGGUCUUUGACUAUGAAUGCACGCAUCCUAGCAGUGGCGACAGGAGAAGGAAAGAACUCUUGUAUCUCGGUAUACUCUGUCGAAUCUUUUUCAUUGGUCAUGACACUUUGCAUGUCUGAGCUCGAAAAUAUUACAGGUGGUCUGUCACUUUAUCUUACGGAGACUAACGCGCUAAUUAUGGUCUCUAAGGACUCCAGGUGUGUAAAAGUUCUUCAGCUGAACAUUUCAUCAAAGUCCUUCAAAAACGUAUGUCAGCGUGAGUUCACACCAAACGAACGUCUGAGUGGAUACCUGGAUGUGAGUGCUCGCGAUGGAGGUUUCAUUAUCGCGUUAGGUAUGCAGACUUUAGACGGCCGGGAUGGUGUGCAACUGGUAGGUUUCCAUGGAAUCUACUCAGAUUAUAAACUGAGGAAAUGCGCAAACUUAGGGAGUGUGGUCGCGCGAGAAAGUGGAUUUAGAGUAGAUGAUGGCAUUCCACGCACUUCCGUAUCAUUUGACAAUGAGACCGUUUUGUUUGGAGCCCCAAAUGAUGUCACAUGGCCAGGACAGGGUGAGGACUCAGGUACUGGAAAGGUCUAUGUGGCAACGUAUUGCCCUACUAAUCAUAUAAGAGUUCGCGUUUCUCAGAUAAACGAAAUUGGUUCUGUACGUUGCGUGCCUUGCGAGGCUAAACGGAAGUCAUUUGGGGGGUUUGCGGAAAUGUGCUCAGAGUGUGAAGGAAUGCGAUGUUCAGCACCUCAAAGCGACGAUCCGUUUAGUUUUAAAUCAAGUAUCUGUGAUUCGUUUUCCUGUCCUUCUUCAUCGACUGUGAAUAACUCGACAAAUGGCGUGAACUUUUCGUUCCCGAAUGAAUCAUUUCUUGUCCCUGGUCCAGAAAACCUGUACACUGUACAAUUACUUGAAACAACACGAGCCCAUCUCUCAACAAGUUCUCUCACGGAGUCGUUUGUCAUCGAUCCGACAUCCCCUGAGCCUGGAAUCGUCUACGAUGGACUGGGCAGCGACCCAAACACGAACUGCUCAGACAAUUCGACAUUAGGUGAAGACAGUCAGUGCUCUACUCGAAGCUUUGAAGAAACUGAUGUGGACUAUACCAAUAAUACGCGAGAGGUACACGCCAGAUGGCUUGACUUCCUUGACGAAGAAAGCGACAUUGUGGAGUACUUCUGGUGUGUAGGAUCAAGGCCUAUGAGUGACGACAUCCGGGAAUGUGAGAGUACGGGAUUCAGGCCAAACGGAAGUCAUUACGGUCUUAAUUUUGAUCAGGGUGACUCUUACUAUGUGACAGUUGUCGCCUGCAAUGGAGCUCGCAGAUGUUCAGCCGCUCACAGUGAUGGCGUCACAAUAGAUACUACACCGCCUGUGAUGGAAUAUGUCAGGGAUGGAAUCAUGGGUCCUGAUAUGGAUUUCCAGGUCUUUGUUGAUAUCAUCUUUGCCUAUUUCUCUGCGAGUGACCCAGACAGUGAUGUGACGUCAUACGAAGUUGCUUGGGGGACCGCACCUGGUUAAACAGAUAUCAAAGAGUUCGAAGAAGUUACCAACACGACUAUAUGGUUGGCUAAGUUCAAAGACAACGCACUCGGCGUAGGAAAAAAAUACUACGCUACUGUGCGCGCCACAAACGGUGCUGGUCUUCUGUCAGAAAAGCUUUCUUCCGACGGAAUAGUAGUCGGCAAGUCGGAAUACACUUUUGACAACGCGUCCACCGCCGAGUUUUUCUUUGAUACGGUAAAUGUUAAAGAAGACGGAUCGCGCAAAGAUGGAGGAGUGGGAAAGACAUACGGGACAUUGACUGUACCUGAAGGUGCUGUUGAGGAGCAAGUGAAGUUGAGAUCGUACAGCUUGGAUGAGGAAACUAUGGAUACAAACAAGACUGAGGAGGGUCCUGUUAGCAACCCUAAGUACACUAGGCCUAAGCAAUUCAUGCUUGGAAAUUACAGUUUUGUCAUAAAGGCGUUAGACCCGCAGAAUGACACGGUGAAAGAAGGCUUCAAGUUUGCUAAGCCAAUCACAAUUGCCAUGUUCUACGACGUUGACAACCUGGUGAAAGCCAACAGUAAGCAUGUCAAUAAUGAACUCACCAAGGAAGACAUUGACCCUGUGUUGUAUCUGUGGGAUCCCAAGAAUGAAACCUGGAUUGAUGCCGCUUUCACAUGCCCUGAGCCCUGGAGUCACGUGAACAGGUCGAUUAAACUGUUGACAGUAAAAGUCUGUCACCUGACUCAGUUUUCCUUCCUUUGGUCAUUCUACGCUAAAAAUGGUCUGGUUUUAUUCGACAAAAACAACUCAAUGUACAACGACAAUGGAGCUGUAGAAAUUACCCUUCCCAGACAAGUCACCAAACUGGAAUUUCCAGUACGUAGAGCGAAAGGUUCGCUGGGUGACAUAACUGUGCGAUGGUCUCUUUACCAAAACGAUUCAUCAGACAGUAUGGAGAUGCUGUGGCCGAAAUCUGGACAAGUGUCAUUAACUGAUGGUCAGUGGAGCGACUCGUUUAUCAUCAACGUCGAUAGUGACAAGAAAGAAGUACACGAGAGCGUAGUCUGGGUCCAGUUAGACAAGACCACAGGUGGCGCUGUCCUUGCAUCACGUGAUCAAACCACAGCCAAGAUCUUAAUCGCUGGAAAUGAAGAGAGGAAUGGGAACUGGAUAUGGAUUGUGACUGGCGUCGGUUGUGGAGUGUUGCUUAUUAUUCUUGUUGGUGUUGUGUGCUGGCGACGUAGAAAGAAACAAGAAUCACAGAGGAUUGUGGAAAGGACAUCCGAGAUUGAGCUUCCCUACUGCAGUACAAUGCGCGGAAAACGAGACUUGACUGAAAGAAUGUAUGGUAGCAAUGAUGACACUCUACAACCCAAUGUGAAUGCUGUUCCACAAAUGUAUGCUGGUGAUAUAGGGACAUUGAGUCUCGUUCCAAAAAACACACAAAUGCUCCUUUCUUCUCUACCGGGCACCCCUGAGAUACAUCGCGUGUUGAACCCGGAGCAGUCUGGUGAUGAGGAAACGGACAGCCUUAGCAGUAGUGUGGAGUCAUUUUUGGAUGAAGGAAGCGACAGCGCAAUGCGACCAAUUUCUGGAAAGAAGAAAAGCUUCAGACACAGAUUAACAAACCGGCUCAGCAUGGCAACGAAAGACAAAAACCAUCUUAGCCCUGCAGCAGCCCUUACCCCAGCAAGCAGCGACGAUGAAAUGGAAACUUCUUUCACAUCUUCCAAAAGGACUGGAAUGGGUGUAAGUAACCCACUGUAUGACUCGGGGCUGAAUAAUACCCCAGAAGUCUCCGAGGCUGAAUCGACAUGCCCUCAGAUAGGCACCCCGGAGUCCAAGGAACGGAAACAAGUAAAUGUGAGGACGACCAGGGAACAUGGAAUUAACAGCCAGGAUAGGUCUGCUUUGACUGAAAACACCAACACUCCAGAAGACUCGGUCGGAUACGCCCAAAAAACAACCGAAGAUUGAAAAGUCACAGCUACUGAAGAAGGCAAAAAUUGAGUAGAAGAGAAAUCAAAGCCAAUGCAAACAAAAAAUUGCAUUUUAAAAGCCAAAGAAUCAAAACAAAAGCAUUGUAGGAUAUUUUAAGCAGAUUUUUGUGUUAAAUGAUUGCCUUACUUGUUUCAAAACCAUUCAAAUUUUAACAAUGUUAUUUUAAAGGAGGACUCAAAGUCUGACGGACUUUGAUUGAUCAUCAAAAUCAUAGAGUUUUAGUGUUUCCUUAUAAUUCUGAGGUAACGAGAAUUGUCACCAUAUUCUGCUUCUGUUCGAGAAUCAUAGGUUUUUAGAACUAUUUCAUCAGAUUUAUAGAGGUAAAAUUAUAUAGAAUUAUACUUGAUACAACGGUACUUUUGCUUGAACUGUUAGAGGAAGUAAAUAAAGCUGCUUUUAAAAGAA